ACACACUUCUGAUUUCACGUAAAUGACGAAAACAACGGCUUCUACGCCGAAGAAGGAGAAGGUGAAGAAGGGAAGGAAGAGUAUUAGCAUGACAGAGAGGUUUAAUUGCAGAGCUAAAGAUUUGUUUGAGAUUUUGAUGGAUAAGAAUAGGUGGAAGGAUUUUACGCAGAUCAAUGUGAGGAUUAGUAAGGAGGUUGAGGGUGAGUUUAGCAUUUUUGAUGGGUCGGUUACUGGAACUAAUUUGGAGUUGCAAGAGGGUAAGUUGAUUGUUCAGAGAUGGAGGUUUGGAAGCUGGAAUGAUGGAGUUCAAUCCACAGUGAGGCUUGUGUUUGAGGAGCCUGAAUCGGGUGUUACGGUUGUUAAGCUGACACAUACUGAUGUGCCUGAAGAGGAUAUGUAUGGUAAUGCUACUGUGGUGGAGAACACGGAAAGGGGGUGGCGGCAUCUUAUUUUCCAGAGGAUACGUGCUGUUUUUGGUUUUGGAAUUUGAGAUUUUUCCAAUUGU